AUGAAACUCUCCCCGGUUUUGCGCAUGCUAAUAUGUCCCCCCCUUGUAGGGGCAUACUUGGUCUCGCCACCAGGUACUGCUGCCCCAGGGACCACAGCUGACUGCAGCGAAUGGAUUGAAUAUUCCUCCAGCCUGACAUGCGCGCUGAUUGAGCAGUUGUUUGGCAUGACAGAAGCUCAAUUUGAGGAAUGGAACCCAAUCGUUACUGAACUCAGCACAGGCUGUACUCUGAUCCCCGGCCUGUACUACUGUGUACAGGUCAAUUAUACGACCAUCACCGUGAGCUCGUCAAAUCCCUUCACAACUACAUCGGCAGGGUCCACCUCAGCUACAACAGUAGCAACUACCUCAGCAUCUACAAGUGCCAUCGCCACGCCUACUCCAUAUGAGACAGGAAUGGUGUCUGAUUGCGAUGCCUUCCACCUUGUGGUGAGUGGCGACACCUGCGCAGCGAUCGCCAGUUCCGCAGGUAUAUCCGUCUCCAACUUUGAAACCUGGAAUCCCACCGUCGGCUCCGACUGUUCUGGUCUCUGGCUUGACUACUAUGUCUGUGUCGGUAUUGUUGGAGGCGCAAGUUCCACUGCCGCGGCAAGCACGCCUACCACAACGCCCACCACCACAACAACUACUACUACUACCACCACCGGAAACGGAAUCAGCACCCCUACCCCCUAUGAAUCAGGCAUGGUGGACGACUGCGAUGAAUUCUACCUGGUCGUCAGCGGGGAUAGCUGCGCCUCCAUUGCCAGCGCAGCCGGCAUCUCAGGCACGGAUUUCGAGACCUGGAAUCCAACCGUUGGCUCUGGCUGUUCAGGACUCGGCAACGGCGUGACGACCCCUACUCCCUACCAGUCCGGCAUGGUGGAUGACUGUGACUCUUUCCAUCUUGUUGUUAGCGGGGAUAGUUGCGCUGUUAUUGCUGAGGAUGCCAACAUCACGUUGGAUGAGUUCUAUGAGUGGAAUCCGACGGUUGGAACUGGUUGUAGCAGUUUGUGGUUGGGUUACUAUGUCUGUAUUGGGAUUUUGUGA